GCACAGCAGGACCCCUGUCUGAGGGCUCAGCCGCGCCUAUAACCCCUGCUUGGGAGUUUAACAGCAACAGACAAUAAGUUGGAAAGCGUGUUUCAGUGGAGUUACAUGGGAAUUUAGCAGUGGCCGGGAAGAGAACAAAGGGGAGGAACGGUCCGGGCUUAUGGUCUCCGAGAUGUGAGAGCGCUCACAACCUACCCCGUCUCCCCAUCCUUCCCCCAUCGCGGCCGGACGGUUCUUGUUCUUUCCGGGUGAUGUAACUGUUUUAUGACAGACGGAGCUCGGAUGUAUUCUCGACGCGCACAAGCUGCUCACUUUAUUCCCCUCUAAUUAGACUAUCAGCACGCCGUGAUAUCCGACAGCCGCAUCCUCUGGUUUCAGGAGCCCGUUUUGGGUGAGGGGACUCAGCUCAGCGGGACGUUGCGCAGUGAUCAAGUGGCUGUUCCCCGGGGUCGCUGAGCGCUGGUGCAGUCAUGUGGCAGAGGAUUCAGAUUUGCUGUGCACUGUUUGCACUGUAUUCAGCCGCACCGCCUGCACACAUCAACCGCCUGGCGCUGUUCCCUGACAAGAGCGCCUGGUGCGAGGCCAAGAACAUCACACAGAUAGUUGGGCACACGGGAUGUCAGCCUCGCUCUAUUCAAAACAGAGCUUGUCUGGGCCAGUGUUUCAGUUACAGCGUCCCCAACACAUUCCCACAGUCAACCGAGUCUCUGGUGCACUGUGACUCCUGCAUGCCUGCCCAGUCACAGUGGGAAGUGGUGACAUUGGAGUGCCCUGGCAGAGAUGACUCUCCCCAUGUGGACAAACUGGUGGAGAGGAUCUUCCACUGUAGCUGCCAGUCCUGCAGUAAGGAAGGUGCCCAGGAGGGGGCGGUGAUGCAGCUGUAUCCAGCAGACAACGGCCUGGACGUUCCAUCUUUAUCUGACACCCUCAGCGGGUCUCAGUCUCGCCCCCUGUCCCAUUCAGAUACACACUCUAGUAAGCAUGCUCACGCACACAUAGACCAUCACACACUACCACAUACGUCCAAUGGAGGCUAAGUUUGUCACUUGUCACUUUGCUCCUCUCUUUCACUCUCUCUACUCGCCCCCACACUGUAGCGUUUGAACCAAUCCGUAGUGUUGUAAAGGCACUUUGAAAAUAUGACUUCACUUUGUGUUAAAAAAGUUUCUCUAAAGACGCGGGCACACACACACACAAACACACACACACAAUCAUGCUAUCAGAUCACACUCUAUUGUAUAUAAACUCU